AUGGAGGUGUUUACCGCCGUGCUAUUUGUUGUUGUGACUGCCUUGAUUUUAGCAUGGAUCAAGCAAAGCCGUUAUCUCCCUCCAGGACCAGGGGGGAUACCUGGUUUAUCUGGAUUAAAGAUAAUGACCUCGGACAAAAUACCGAUGAGAACUUUCCGGAAAUUGAGGAGGACAUAUGGAGACGUUUUCAGCAUACGGGUCGGAACACAACUACUUGUUGUCCUAAAUGGUUAUGACGUCAUCAAGGACGCUCUCGUGAAAAGAGCAGACGAAUUCUCAGAUCGUCCGAUUCUCUUCAUUAACAGUAUACUUACUAAAGGCAGAGGUUUACUAGCCAGUUCAGGAGAACACUGGAAACAAACGCGGACAUUCUCCCUAACAGCCCUCAGAGAAUUUGGGUUUGGUAAGAAAUCACUGGAGGCAAAAGUCAAAGAAGAAGUUGAUGUGUUCUUGGAUGUUAUUGGCCAACAUAAUGGUGAACCCUUUGACAUCAACGCACUAGUGCAUUCGAGCGUGGCAAACGUCAUUUGUAGUAUUGUAUUCGGGCGACGGUUUGACCACGAUGAUAAGGAUUUUAAGUGGCUACUAAGUAAUGUCGACCCAGGACCGGCCGGCCCCACCAGCAUUGUAAACACGUUCCCCGUGUUACGAUUCUUACCAGGUGAUCCAUUUGGCAUUAAAACAUUUUUGAGGAAACUGUUACAACUUAGAGGAUACUUCCGGACAUCGGUAGAAAAACACAAAAUGGCGUUUGAUCCCAACUCUCCACAGGAUUUAAUAGAUGCUUUUAUUAAGGAAAAAUCGAAACACGAUAAGGACAAUCCUGUUUUCAGAUAUGAUAAUUUAGAUUUUAUCAUCCUCCAUCUGUUUUUGGCGGGAACGGAGACUACCACUACAACUAUUCGCUGGGCCAUUGUUUACUUACUUCGAAACCCGGAUGUACAAGUUCGAAUGUUCCGGGAAAUAGAAUCUGUCGUCGGUCUGUCCCGUCUACCAACAGUUGCUGACAGACCUAACCUACACUACUGUGAGGCUUUUAUCACAGAAAUUCUACGCCGUUGUAAUAUAGUUCCCCUAUCCGUACCCCACGGAGCCCUGAAAGAUAUUCACUUCAGAGGAUAUCGUAUUCCUAAGGGUUGUACAAUUCUUCCCAACCUGGAUUCCAUUUUAAACGAUCCUGAGAAUUUCCCUAAUCCGGAAACAUUUGACCCGACCAGAUUUUUAGAUGAUCAAGGAAAGUUCUGUGGUGCUGAAAAAGUGGUUGCUUUUUCCCUCGGAAGACGAGUGUGUCUGGGAGAGGCGUUAGCGAGGAUGGAAAUGUUCUUGAUUCUUACUUCCUUUGUCCAGAGAUAUGAAGUCGUGGCUGACGAGCCCGGUAAUCUUCCUUCAGAAGAGGGACUUUUCGGCAUCACCUACCGCCCGGAGCCUUACAAGUUCCGGGCUAUACCCAGAGGCUGACAUGUUUCGGCAUCACCUACGGUCCGCAUCCUUCCAAGUUCCGCCCUGUACGCAGGAGUCGAUAUGAGGAUCAAUUGUAGAAAUAUGAUUUCAUGAUCUAAGCAGAAUGACAGCAUAAUUAUAUCCGGAUAAUGAUAUGUGCUUAUUGGACAUUACAACUUAAGUUAAAUGUUGUCAUUACUAAUGUGUACUUGUAACAUUUACUUGAUGUUGCGAAUACGUAUUAAGAGUAUAUACGUGCUGUAAUACUAGUGUUUCAAAAUAAUACAUCCUGUAUCUUCUGCUGCAUCGUGCAUUUCUAUUUAAAGCACUGACAAUAAACGGUAUGGGAAUACGGAUAACUAAAUCCGGAUUCGUAUCUGGAGGGUAGCCACUAUUCAUUCUUAUUAAAACUGAGAAUAAUAUAUGUUACUUACUCGUUAUAUUAAAGCGACUAUAGUUGUACAUGUAUAAUUCGUACUCGUUAUAAGCGAUGAUAUCUCCUUAUAAAUAGUGAAAUGCGUUUCAGAUAUAGCUUUUAAAAAUGAUCUAUAAACAUAUAUUGACGAUUUUUAGCGCCGGGGCCGGGGUUCAAUUCCCGCCGGCGGGAUUUUAUAUAUUAAUAUAUAUAUUUUAAUUUUUGAUAAACAUAUGUAAUAUAAUAAUAUCAAUCAGCAUUUUUAGAAAAGGUAAAUAUAUUCACAAAUGUGUUUAUAGUUGUUAUAAUUCAUAUUUGCUCGGAGUUGUAAAUUAUCUUUUAACACAAAGUAAGCUCUACAGUAGGCUAACGAUAUAUUUAGUAUUAUCUUUUCGUAACUCAUAUGCAAAUAUGAUUUUAUAAUUAUUUCAAUAUCUUAAAUCAGUGCAUUGGCGCAGAAAAAAUAAUUUGACGAAUGAUUUUUGCAUGCCGCUCGUCAAUUUAACGCUUCAAAUUUUGACUAACACUAGUGCUGCAUGUAAGUCUUGUGUGUUGUCAAAUGUUUCUUUCAUUUUAGUUUUUUUAAGUGAGAUAAAAAAAACAUCCAUAAUUAUCAUUAUACUUUUUUUAGUAUAUAUAAAACAGGAUGAAUUAAAUUACAAAUGUCACUGACUUUCUGGUGAUGAAACAAAAACAAAGUAACAUGUACUUCGUCGGUUACAACAGCUGUUUAUUUAAAGAUGAAAUCUGUAUUAUAAUGCUAGUUUAUUAUUUGUGGAUGUUGAUCAAUAAAUCUUUAACAGCUCUAA